AUGACUUCACGAUUUCUCGACGUUAUUAAUGAAGAUGGAAAAAUAUUGCUACCCAUUGAAGGUUAUCAAAAUGUUGAUUUAUUACCGCUCGAACAAGCCCUUUUGCCGGUUGCUCAUCUUUUUCACCCUGAUAGUCUAAGAUCAAACAUUUGGGUGGCAAAGCAACGAUCUGAAUCUCCUCCAAAUGGUCUAACUACGGAUGAAUCGGCGUCCAUAAUGCUGUAUACUAUCGAAUGGACACCCGACAAUCAUAGUUUAUACUAUAUUUUAAAUCAGACAUUACGUUUACAUUGUUACCCAACAUCUGCCGAAAGUAGUCUAACCUUUGAAAACGGUUCUAUUAGGGUUGAUGCUAAUAACUGCUAUACCUUAAUAAGGAAAUAUGAGGUCACAGAAUCGUAA